AAUCACCUCCCUCCUGAUCGCCAACCGCGGCGAGAUCGCGCUGCGGAUCGCCCGCACCGCCGCCGCCAUGGGCAUCGCGACGACGACGCUGUACACGGACGCGGACGCGCGGUCGCAGCACGCGGGCGCCUCCCCGCACAGCAUCGGCCUCGGCCCACCCGCGGCCUACCUCGACGGUGACCGCAUCAUUGCCCUGGCCCGCCGGCGCGGCAUCCAGGCCCUGCACCCGGGGUACGGGUUCCUGAGCGAGAAUGCCGCGUUCGCGCGCAAGUGCGCCGACGCUGGCAUCGUCUUUGUCGGGCCCCCUCCAACGGCCAUGUCUGAGAUGGGCGACAAGGCUAGGAGCAAGGAGAUCAUGACCGCUGCCGGGGUGCCGUGUGUGCCAGGGUACCACGGUGGGGAGCAGGAGCCGGCCCAGCUGCUGUCCCGGGCCAGGGAGGUCAGGUUCCCCGUGCUGCUGAAGAGUGUCAAGGGCGGCGGGGGCAAGGGGAUGCGGAUCGUGGAGAGGGAGGAAGAGUUCGAGGCCCAGCUAAGGAGCGCGAGGGCAGAGGCCAGGGCCAGCUUUGGCGAGGGCGGCGAAGUCAUGCUAGUGGAGAGGUACGUUGUCCGGCCGCGGCACGUCGAGGUACAGGUGUUCGCCGAUCGCCACGGUAAUUGCGUCGCGCUCGGCGAGAGGGACUGCAGUGUGCAGCGCAGGCACCAGAAGAUUCUGGAGGAAUCACCGGCACCGUUGCUCGACGAUCUAACCAGGAAGGAUCUUUGGGACAAGGCGAGGACGGCCGCUUUGGCGGUUGGGUACGUCGGCGCCGGCACCGUCGAGUUUAUCCUCGAUAAAGACACCGGCGAAUUCUUCUUCAUGGAGAUGAACACGCGGUUGCAGGUCGAGCACCCUGUCAGCGAGAUGGUCACGGGUACCGAUCUGGUGGAGUGGCAGUUCAGGGUUGCCGCCGGGGAGAGGCUGCCGUUGACCCAAGACGAAAUCGAGACGAGGAUCAACGAGAGGGGCGCAGCCAUUGAAGCGAGGAUAUACGCUGAGAACCCCGAGAAGGGCUUCUUCCCUGAUUCGGGAAAGCUGGUGCACCUCGCAACCCCCAAGACGGACGAGGACGUGCGGAUAGACGCCGGCUUCGUCGAGGGCGACACAGUCUCGGAGGCGUACGACGGCAUGAUCGCGAAGCUGAUCGUCAGGGGCAGGGAUCGAGAAACGGCGAUCCGGAAGAUGUACCUCGCGCUCCAGGACUACGAGGUCGUGGGCUUGAGCACGAAUAUCGAGUUCUUGAAGAGGUUAUGUCAGAGCAAAGCAUUCAUCGAGGGCGAUGUUGAAACGGGCUUCAUCGAGAAGUGGAGGUCGGAGCUCUUCGAGGCUCGCCACACCGACAACGAGGUCUUUGUCCAAGCAGCCCUCGGGUUGCUAGGGAAGGAGCUGGAUAAGAACGCCGGACUAGGCGAACUCAGCAGCGAAUCUCUCGGAUUCGGCGCUGCAAGCACUCAAAACCAGAGGAGAUUUGCCUUCAGGGUUCGAGAUGACACUACCGCCGAGGAGGGCGAUGUCGUGGAGGUUCAGCUCACCCAAAGGGGGACCUCAUUGUUCGACGCUCGCGUAUCCCGCAAGGAUACGGACCCUGAGACGUUUGAGAACGUAGUCUCCGAAUCAAGGACACCGUCAACAACGAAGACAACAUUGACUACCUUCUAUCCCUCGACGCGGAUAGAGACAACGGUGGUGCAAAACCCGGACGACAAGGAGAAACUGACCAUUUUCCAACACGGCGUCAAAACCGAACUCGAGCUGAUAGCCCCGCAGUGGUUCGAGAAAGCCCUGGGAUUAAAGGAAGCUACUGCGAGCGUUGUCGCGCCCAUGCCUUGUAAGAUCCUGAGGAACGAGGUUGCCGAGGGCCAGACAGUAGAGAAGGGCGCACCACUAGUAGUUAUCGAGUCCAUGAAGAUGGAAACUGUGAUUCGGUCGCCGCAAGACGGAGUCAUCAAGAAGUUGGCCCACAAGGAAGGGGAUAUCUGCAAGGCUGGGACAGUGCUAGUACUUUUUGAGGAAGGGCAGGAACAUAUAGAGCAGUGAGAUAUAGGCAGGACUUGGUAAGAGCAGCAGCUCGAUAGGGACAUCCAUCUAGGAAGACUCGGGGUUGGCUAGGAUACCCACAACAGUGAUACACAAAUAUAUCAUCAUUUGCUCGGUCUCUUAGUGGUGGAUGCAAAGAAAAUCAGCUGCGAAAUCUCUCCGAAGCCCAUAGCAGUUCAUCGCCGUGCCUUAGUAUCUAUCUGUCCCCUGAGGGAUGGCGAAAUAAUUUUAAAAAUAUGAAACAAAAGAAAAAGGAAAAAA